AUGCCACUUCUCGACGCGCGCGACGGUCCUUCCUACGGUGCUAUACCACAGGAAAUACCGAGUAUGGACUAUGAACGGGAUCAGUUGCUGCAGGAUGGCUACGAGACCGAGGGCGAUCCCAGCGAUGUCUCGACUAUGGGCGAAGCACAGGAAGGUGUACGGAAAAUCGAGGCGAUAAAUAUGACUUGGACAACCAGAUCUUUAAUGAUCGCCUACGUCAGUAUAUUCCUCAUGGCAUUCUGCACGUCCCUGGAGGGCCAGACGGUCAUGUCAUUGUCGGCGUAUGCUACCAGUGCUUUUAGCAAGCAUUCAUUGAUUUCCACUGUUCUUGUGAUACAGAAUGUAGUCAACGCGGUGAUCAAGCCACCCAUGGCAAAGGUUGCCGAUGUGUUCGGUCGCUUUGAGGCCUUCUGUCUCAGUAUCAUUAUAUAUAUUCUGGGCUAUAUUCAAAUGGCCGCGUCCACCAACGUACAAACUUAUGCCUCGGCACAGAUAUUCUAUUCUGCUGGCUCAACGGGUCUGCAGAUCCUACAGCAAGUUUUCAUCGCUGAUAGCAGUGACCUUCUGAAUCGUGCAUUUCUGGCUCUCCUCCCGGAGUUUCCGUUUUUGAUAACUGUUUGGCUGGGGCCGACCAUUGCAGGGGCUGUGCUUCAGUCCUCAUCAUGGCGCUGGGGCUACGGUAUGUGGGCAAUUAUCUUGCCUGCUGCUUUUCUGCCUCUAGCCCUCUCGCUGCUUUUGAAUCAACGCAAGGCUCAGCGAUUGAAUUUAAUUAAGCCGACAAAGGCGAGACGUCGGAGAGGCAUAUUUAGCGCUAUUCGACGAACGUGGUACGACCUGGAUGUUGGUGGACUGACACUGUUAUCUGCGGCGGUCACCUUACUUUUGGUACCUCUGACCCUGGCGGCCAGCUCCAAAAAUGGAUGGAAGUCCCCUAGUAUCAUUGUCAUGAUGGUCGUUGGUGUUCUCUGCUUGGUUGCUACCCCAUUGUAUGAAUCAUCCAAGAAAUUAGCGCCCAAACCUCUGCUUUCUCUUCAUCUACUCAAACAACGGACCGCCCUUGCUGGUUGUGCCUUGGCAUUUUGGUACUUCAUGGCUUUUUAUUUUUCCGUUCAACCAUACCUUUACUCCUACCUUCAGGUCGUUCAGAAUUACGACGUGGCCACCGCUGGUCGUGUCACGCAGACCUUCGCAUUCACCUCGACCAUUGCAGCAUUCACCGUAUCACUUCUCAUCAAAUAUACCCGCCGGUACCGGAUCUUUGUAACCAUUGGCUGCGUUAUCUAUAUGACUGGCCUUGCAUUGAUGCUGAUGUGCCGCCAAGAAGGUGCCUCCCACUUACAAGUUCUGGGCACCCAAGUUCUCGUAGGCUGCGGUGGUGGUUUGCUCAACGUUCCUGUCCAACUCGGCGUCCAGGCGUCUGCAAGCCACCAGGAAGUUGCCGCAGCCACCGCAAUGUUCCUCACCUCCAUGGAAAUGGGCGGUGCCGUCGGCGCCGCCAUAUCCGGAGCCGUCUGGACUCAUAUGAUUCCUCAGAAGCUCAUGCAGUACUUACCUGAGGAGACCAAGUCCCACGCUGGCGAGAUAUUCGGCAAGCUGACAACAGCCCUGGAGUACCCCGUGGGAUCUCCAACUCGCAUAGCCAUCAAUCGCGCCUACCAGGAAACCAUGAACCGCCUCCUAACACUCGCCAUCAUUGUGACGCUGCCACUUAUCCCACUGAGUCUUGUUAUGGUGGACUACAAGCUGGACAAGAUGAGCCCUAGUAGCCAUAGCGAUGGAGCCGAGACUCCACCUGAGAUUGAAGCUGAUACCGAUGACCCACAUCAUAAACGAAUCUAG